GGAGACGUUGAAGUGUGUAAUAUGAUACACACGCAAACGUAAACAUGAAUGUGUUCAUAUAAAACGCGUUAGCCUGUUUGUCUGCAAGCGUCCAGGUGAAAUGUGUACGUUUGUUUGAGGAAGUGAGGUUGAGAAUAACAAGAGCAAACUUGUGUGUGUGUGUGUGUGUGUGGUGAUGGCGUUUCGCAAACGUUCAUGUCCCACAAGGCUUAUUAUUAACGGCAACAACUCCGGUUUAAUUCCGGGUUGCACGGUUUCAGUGUUGGUCUUAAGCCAACAAGCUCAGUGUUACAGUAUAAGCGGCGUAAAGACCUGUUGAUCAUGAGCGUGGUGCGCGGAGUGGUCUCGAGGACCGGUGUGCAGCUGAUGGCAGCCCGCGGUGUGUUUGCAAGGCCGAUCAAGCGUCUUUUCCCCCGGGUUUCCUUUCCCCAGACCCGCUCGUGGUGCUCUGAUGGGCCCAUUGCUGAUCGGGCUGAAGUACGGCUGAGUCGGCUUGAUGGUGAAGACCACGGUAUAGUGGAAGUGCUGAUGUGUCGUGAAAGGCUGAGGAACUCACUGGGACGGGUGUUUGUGGGUCAGAUGAGAGCGCUGGUGUCAUCGUUGCAUCAUGACGCAGCAGUUCGUGUGGUGGUCUUCAAGAGUUUGAUACCUGGAGUCUUUUGUGCAGGAGCAGAUCUUAAGGAGAGGGCUCAGAUGAGUAACCCUGAGGCAGAGCUGUUUGUACAUGGCCUGCGAUCACUAAUGAAUGACAUCGCUGCGCUGCCCAUGCCAACCAUCGCAGCAGUGGAUGGCUUUGCUCUCGGGGGCGGUUUGGAAUUGGCACUGGCGUGUGACCUUCGCACUGCAGCACAUUCAGCGCAGAUGGGCCUGAUUGAAACUACGCGAGGAUUACUCCCUGGGGCUGGAGGCAGUCAAAGGUUGCCCCGGACAGUCGGCUUUGCCAUCGCAAAGGAGCUGAUUUUUACAGGCCGGCGUGUCGGGGGUGAACAGGCUGCAGAGUUGGGGCUGGUAAACCGCUCCGUGCCACAGAACCAGACAGGAGACGCAGCUCACAAAGAGGCUCUUAGUCUCGCACGAGAGAUCCUGCCUCAGGCCCCGAUUGCCGUGCGAAUGGCUAAAGUAGCCAUGAAUCGAGGCGCGGAGGUGGACAUCUCUUCAGGAAUGGCUAUUGAGGGAAUGUGUUAUGCCAGGCUCAUUCCUACACGGGACAGACAAGAGGGCAUGGCUGCGUUUAUAGAGAAGAGGCCUCCAAGGUACAUUGGAGAGUGAAUAUCUGAAGGUUUUAAACCUGCACAACAUGUUUCAAAUCCACAUGUACUACAGUACAAACAUGUUGAACAUGCUGUACUUACGUUACUACACUGUAACCAGUGUUGGGUUUCAAUUUUCUUUUGAAAUCUGAGCUUUGUAAUGCCUAAAAAUAACCACCACAAAUAAUUUAAAAAGGACUUUGUCAUGUGCAUUUUUCACGUACAUAAUGAAAGUCUCCAUGCUAUGUUGUGAAGUAUUUCAGGUCUGUAAACCUGGCCAAAGUUGCCAGCCGAAAUUAGAAUUACAGUAGAAAUGGUAACAAAUACUAUUUCAUGCAAUGUGCAAGAACAGCUGCAUGACACAAUAAGAUUUUCUGGAACAAAGCACAUUUGCUGGAGCAUCUCAUCAUAAUACAUGGCCGUUAUGAACAGAAAACCAAAUCCAUGCUGCGAAAAGAAGCAUACACAUCAAGGGAAAUUAAACAUUUAUAAACAGAAAAAAGCUUCUGUAGAUCACUGGAACAAAAUGGAAUAUCAUUUUUUUUUUAUUGCAAUUUCAAACAAGACAAGUUGAACCUGCUGUUUAACAGCUUCAUUGGUGUUAAGUUCAAUCAAACUUCAAGUUCAAUGCAAGUAUGUUUAGCAAGAAGGCAAAUCCAAUGACGUUUGGCAAAUCACCAGCGCUCCGAAGUUGCCAUGAUGAGAACAAAGUCCUUCCUCUUGACUUUUUUUUUACAAGGUGCCGUUUAUCUGCGUCCGUUUUUAUGUCUACAUGCUUGAUUUCUCAACGUGGUUUACAAGGCAAUCCAUUUAUUGACGCGUUCCUGCUUUCCAGCAAAGGCAAAAGCUUUAUUUUUAUUCAUCUCCACCCGCUUCGUUUGCUUCUGAAGAGCUCUGGGUUCUUGAGGAAUCUUUCAGCGGAGUGUCCAGUCCAGUACCAUUUUUGAAACAAACUCAAAUCUGGAUCAUAAUACUUUGCGUGCAACAUAUCAUAAACACUGUCAUCUGCCACGGUUCAUAUACAGUCUAUAAAAAUAUAUUUCAUCCCUAAAGCUCUCAUGCUGUUCAAUGCACUUCAAUACACACUUUUUUCUCUCUCAUAGAUGCAAUUUAACAUUCCACUCUUAAUGUUACCAACUCUGUUGUUGUCUUUUUUGUAUUAUUGCAUUUUAUGCCCAACAGGACAGAAAUCUGUAAUUUUAAUUGAAAUUUCCUAUGGAGUUACAUCCAAAUCUGAAUAUGCAUACAUAGCAAUCUGAUGCACAUGCUCUUAAUACACACAUAUAAACUCUCACAUACUUCCCACGUUUUAACAUAAACGCGCUCUAUGAGCUGCUGCGCAUCUAAAUAAACAUUUCCUCAGAUAACGGAGACUUAAUUCUUACGUCAAAUAAAUAACGGAUUCCGUCGUGUGCAGACAUACGCAAAGUAAUUCAUCCGCACGUUCCUCUUAACAGGAAGAGCAGCAGAGCGUCAUUGUCAUACGGAUGGGCACAAGUGAACACAAACACAUACAAAAAGCUUCCAGUUUUUUGCGGCAUCCUAUCCAGAGACCACUAAUUGUGUCAUGGAAGGUUUUUCUCUGGAAAA